AUGACCUCAAAGAAAGAGCGUCCCGCCGCCCGACAAGUCCUCUCCGUUUCACGCGGACAUCAGAAUGCUCCCCGCGUGAUGUCUGAUUCCCGGUCUUUACUUGAUGACCCUUGGGAUGAGGGUAGUUUCCAGUCAGCCAAGUCCACAGACGCCACUCAUUAUGCUCUGCAGACCCUCAACAAACACAUCGAGCGACGACUCGCAAAGGUGCAAGCCAACACCAUCCGCCUGAAGCGCGAACUAUGGCUACUCCAGCGACAUAUCAAAGAAUUCCGCCAUCCCCUGUUCGAGAACUGGGAAGCUGACGUGCUUACCCGUCUGAUCGAGGUCGCACACGCCCAGCAGUAUCAGAAAGCACCAAGUGGACUUGUGAUCGGACAGCCGACAUUUGCUGAAAGGGAAAAGCUCACCCAGACAUACAUAAGUGCGGCGAAGGGAAUCCGCCUAGCGACUCUUCGUAAACUCGGUCUGUCGGAGAAGUACCAUCAAGCUUUGCAGCGAUACUCAGAGGUCGCGCCUUAUCGAAGUUCGCGUCCCUAUCAGACCGAGUUCACGUUCGCCAAGUGGCUGAUUGAGGAGAAGGAGAAUAGGCCAGAGCUGUAUGAAUUCUGGUCGAAGCUUUUCCCAGUUUGCUACAAUCGCAGCAUUGACAAGAGUGCGGCUAUUUUCUAG